UCAUCUUUUCGCCUUUUUGCCUUUUACCCAUUUUUUUUUAAUUAUUUUCUAAAAUUCUUUUGCAGUUAACUAACAUAAUCAUUUUUCCACCUUUGAUUGCUUCAAAAGAUUCGAUCUUCCAACAGAGAAGUCCGGAUUCCUCUUUAUUAACGUUAUUGUACAUCAUCCCGUGAUAGGCAACUUCCUCCUCCUCCUCCUCCACCACCUCGUCUUGAAAAAGGAAAACAAGAAGAAGAAUAAUGCAGCAGCGAAUCUGUCUCCUGCUACUCAGAUAAGUUUGACUUGAUGGGGGCAAGUAAUUCGAGGGACAACAAUUUGAGGCAAUCUUCAUCAUCGUCAUCGUGGGAUCAAUACAACCAGUACCCUCCCUCGGUGGGUUAUUCACAAGAUAGUUACCCGCAAUCAUAUCAGCAAGAUAGUUAUAGUUACCCCUCUCGGCCUACUGUUCCGGCAUAUGGACCACCACCACCGCAGCAGCAGCAGCAACACCAUUACCAGGGUACCUCUUCCCAGAGUUAUGGCUACGGGGGUCAGGCGCCUGCUGCGGAGAGGAAGCUUGACAGGAGGUAUUCAAGGAUUGCUGACAAUUAUAAUUCAUUGGAAGAGGUGACUGAAGCUCUUGCCCGUGCUGGCCUUGAAUCUUCAAAUCUCAUUGUCGGUAUUGACUUCACCAAGAGUAAUGAAUGGACAGGUAGGAGGUCAUUUCAUGGGCGAAGCUUACAUCACAUUGGAAAUACUCUGAAUCCCUACGAACAAGCAAUAUCUAUUAUUGGUAAAACAUUGGCAGCUUUUGAUGAGGAUAACCAGAUCCCCUGUUAUGGAUUUGGAGAUGCAUCGACACAUGAUCAAGAUGUAUUCAGCUUCUAUCCUGAUGAUGGAGUGUGUAAUGGAUUUGAGGAAGUAUUGAGUUGCUACAGAGAGAUAGUUCCUCAGCUGAAACUUGCAGGACCGACAUCAUUUGCUCCUGUUAUUGAAAUGGCCACAACUAUUGUUGAGCAAAGUGGAGGACAAUAUCAUGUCCUGUUGAUUAUUGCAGAUGGGCAGGUGACUAGAAGCGUUGACACUGGGCGUGGUCAAUUGAGUCCCCAGGAAAAGAAAACUGUUGAAGCAAUUGUGCAAGCCAGCAAGUUUCCCUUGUCCAUAAUAUUAGUUGGGGUUGGAGAUGGACCCUGGGACAUGAUGAAGGAAUUUGAUGACAACAUUCCUGCUCGAGACUUUGAUAAUUUUCAGUUUGUCAAUUUUACGGAAAUCAUGGCAAAAAAUGUACCUCAAUCUCGAAAAGAGACAGAAUUUGCGCUUUCAGCUUUGAUGGAGAUCCCUGCUCAAUAUAAAGCAACAAUGGAGCUUGGUUUAUUAGGUGGGAGGAAAGGCUAUUCUCCUGGAAGGGUUUCGCUGCCACCUCCUAUGUACGGCGCAGCUUCAUUCAGUGACAAGAAACCUUUACGGGCAACUAGUUUCCAGAAGAGCACAAGUUCUUAUUAUGACCACAGCAGCUCCUUUGACGCGGCUCCAUCUGCUCCAAGCUCUACUUACGAGAGCCAGCUUUGUCCUAUUUGCCUUAGUAACUCGAAGGACAUGGCCUUUGGUUGUGGUCAUCAGACGUGUUGCGAUUGCGGACAAGAUCUUCACGUAUGCCCAAUCUGUCGUAGUCCAAUUCAGACCAGAAUAAAGCUCUACUAAGCCAGCAUCUCUGCAACAUCAAUAUCCACCGAUAGCGCGUGUCUGCUGCCAUUUUUUAUUAGCUAGCUAGCGUUCUAAAUUCUUUUAUGAUUUGUUUGUAUGUGUGUAAAAGGCGGUUUCAUGAGGAGAGGUAGUUGGUUGCUUGGAUCGUUUCGAGUGCUAAAAGGAGGAAAGAGUGGGGGUUUCAGUGCCGAAUAGUAACAUCAGAAGAUGCAACUGACUCUUGGGAGUGAGUUGGAAACAGCGGCUUGGCUGAGAGUAAGAGCAUCCUGUCAUCUUUUCUUGUACAGCGGUAGCGGUUCUAAGAUUCGUUGUAGGAGGAUAGCAAAUAAACUAACCCUGUGGACUACUUUUCUGCAGUUUGCGCUCCUAUGUGGUUCCUUUAUUGUCUUGAGCAAAAAUAAUGUGUCUCUGAAUCGUUUGCAAUCAAAAAUCAAAUGAUGAUUUUACAGUCUUCUUA